CCAGGUAGGGCGCACACAAAACCAGCGCGAUCCAAGCAGCCAUUGCGGAGCAGAGCCAAGGGUUUCGGACUUGUUUGCAUCGAUUCUCACGCAAUUAAAAGGCCACGAGACACAUCAAGGCGAGUCCGAACCCGGCACUGAUCUGUCCGUAGGUGUGGGGUCACUGGGCUCUUCGCUUUUCUGUCACCUGGAGUUGAUCUCUAGGGUUUUGCUUUUGCUGUCGGGGUGGUGUGACAAUAUAUUUUUUUUCCUUCUUAAAAAUGACGGUUAAUCCAGAUUAUCUGGUGCUUUUUUUCACCACCACAUCUGGCGCAAGUGGGGACCAAUUGGGAUCAGAUGAGAAGGAAAUUGUACAGUUGGUUUGGCAAGUUGUGGAUUUAGCGACUAAAAAGGCUGGUCAGGUAAAUGAAUUGCUAGUCAAACCAGAUCACAUUGAGCUCUCUGAGGAGUGUCAGGAGGUGAGUGAACUCACCGAGGAGGCCUUGACAGAAGUUGAACCGCUUGAGGAGGCCAUCGAACAGUUGAAUCAGAGGUUAUGUGCAGAAGUGGACGCAGGUGCAGGAAACACCUUCUACCUCUGUACGGAUGGACAGCUGCACAUUCGUCAAGUCCUCCAUCCUGAAGCGUCCAGCAAGAAUAUUUUGUUGCCUGAAUGUUUUUUCUCGUUCUUUGACCUGCGGAAAGAGUUCAAGAAAAAAUUCCCAUCAGAAGGGGAACUGAAAGACUUGAAUCUUCAGGUCAUGGCUGACUACCUGAAUGUGGUUGUAGAUUCUUCUCUUCAUGCUUUCACUGCUCACAUGGUUCAGCAGAUGUCAGAAAUUGUUUUAGCACUCGUCUCGGAGCCUGUCUGCCACCAGUUCUCAUUCCCUGAAAAAGUGAAUGACAAGUUUGAGACUGGCACUUGCAGUAAGAUGGAGAGGGUGGAUGAUAACACAGUGAUCAGAGCUCGGGGUCUUCCAUGGCAGUCUUCAGACCAGGACAUCGCCCGAUUCUUCAGGGGUCUCAACAUUGCCAAAGGAGGUGCUGCGUUGUGUCUGAAUGCUCAGGGCAGGAGGAAUGGAGAGGCACUAGUGCGGUUUGAGAGUGAAGAGCACAGGGAUUUGGCCAUGCAAAGACACAAGCAUCACAUGGGCACCAGAUACAUUGAGGUUUACAAGGCAACAGGUGAAGACUUUUUAAAGAUAGCAGGAGGUACCUCUAAUGAAGUUGCCAAAUUUCUGUCGAGGGAGAAUCAGGUUAUCGUGCGUAUGCGUGGACUUCCGUUCACCGCCACCGCAGAGCAGGUGCUACAGUUCUUCUCCCCGGCAUGUCCUGUGACAGACGACAGCGAAGGCAUUCUGUUUGUACGUUUUCCCGAUGGCAGGCCCACUGGGGACGCUUUCGUGCUGUUCUCAUGUGAGGAACAUGCUCAGAAUGCACUGAAAAAACACAAGGACAUCCUGGGCAAGAGGUACAUAGAGCUGUUCAAAAGCACUGCGGCUGAGGUGCAACAGGUACUGAACAGAUACUCAUCGGCCCCCUUGAUUCCCGUGGCCCCAUCCCCCAUCCUGUCUGUUGUGCCACCCCCCACAUUCAUGCCACCAACGGCAGCAGUGACAGGUGUGCGGGACUGCGUGAGAUUGAGGGGUCUGCCGUACGAUGCCACCAUCCAGGACAUAUUGGUUUUCUUGGGGGAAUACACUGCUGACAUCAAGCCACAUGGAGUGCAUAUGGUGCUUAACCUGCAGGGUCGUCCGUCAGGUGAUGCUUUUAUCCAGAUGCGUUCAGCUGACCGGGCGUUCCUGGCAGCCCAGCACUGCCACAAGCACAGCAUGAAGGAGCGUUACGUGGAGGUGUUUGCGUGCUCCGCUCAGGAGAUGAACAUCGUGCUGAUGGGGGGGACGCUCAACAGGAGCGGCCUCUCGCCGCCACCAUGUAAGUUACGACGUCUGUCCCCGCCAUCAUACACAUUUCCUCAUGGGACGGCUGUUCUUCCUGCCGGAGCGGUCCUUCCUGCCGGAGCAGUGCUACCUGUGGAGUCAGCAGCUAUCUACCCCUCCCAGUUUCUGCUGAGUCCCCGGCCCCUGGCACCAACGACGGCCUUCUACCCUGCCAGUAACCCACUGUACAUGAACUACACCACCUAUUAUCCCAGCCCACCUGGCUCCCCCCCUAAUAUCAGCUACUUCCCUACUGGCCACACCCCUUCAGCAGGCUCAGUCCUCUCAGCCCCACUGAUACGAAUGCAAGGCCACGCCCCUUCCCAUGCUUUUAAUAGCGGGAUUAAAGAAAUCCUCAGCAUGGUACAUGGAUAUCAGCCCGGCAACAGCGACGCUUUGGUAACUUUCCCUUCUAUGCUGUCAGCCAAGCAGCCUAUUGGAGACCAGACUGUAGGAGGUGGAGCCUAUCUUGACUUGCAGUUGCUUUAAGCCAAACUAUUGACGAGGCCACACCCUUGCGGUGGAUACGGCAAACCCCUCAAUACAAAGCAGUUUAUGCUAUUUAUAUAAG